AUGGAAUCUUUCCACUCAACUCCAGUUGUGCCAUCCAAUGCUCCGUUAUGGACUGAGGUUGAUCAAGGCUCUCAUGUUCUCAGAGAGCAAUGUGGUAAUCGACAACUCGGGUAUCUGCAAACUCAAACUACUCAGGACUACUACGCCAACAUCAACGAUGACUCUACGUGUGGUUCGGCUGGUGUUAGGGGCUCGGACUACCAGCCUUUACAAUUCGGUCGAGGUCAACCGGGCAAGCCUCACUACCCGUGGAUGGCCGGUCUGGCACAAAGAUACGACCCUAGCUCUCAAUACUUAUUCAGCAAUGUUACUCGCGGCAAGUCUCGUGGUAUACGUUGUACGCUUUCUGAUGAUCAGGAAAUGGACCAAGCGGCAGAGAGGAAGGCCAGACUUCUCGCUUCGAGAUUCUUGCGCUGUGAUGGCUACAUCAAGUAUCGAAAUCGACAGCCCAAGGAGAAGAAGGGCAACAAGGAAGAUGCAAAGUGGCCGGAUCAUAUCGAAGAUGCUUUCAUCGUAGCACUUUGUCGUCACCCUCCUUGUGGUCGUAAGAAGGCGAAAGCUCCGGGAGAACAACACAACGACGACGCAAAGGCGAUGGGCAGAAACGAACUCAUUGCAGAUUACAUCUUCCGCAACACCGGAGACGUUCGCACCAGAAAGCAGGUUUCGAGCCAUAUCCAGGUACUCAAGCCGUUCGUGCAAAAUGAGGCAAUCAUCAUGCGCUUUCUCGCUACCCCUGGCGAGGGGAAAGAGUCGGCAGCUAGCAAGGCUGCUCGGAAGAAAGCGUCGGUCUACAAUCCUGGUAGCCAGAUGCAGACUGGAUUAUUGCAGCACCACCGAAAUUUCUCCUUCCCAUCUCCCUUCGAUCCUCAGCCCGAGGAAUUCUGCAUGUUCAUGCGCUCUAGUAAAGCAUCGGAGACGCUGCACACAUACAGCGCCACGGAAGGCUUCAGUCCCAGCAACUUCUUCGUACAGACUCAAGCAGAACUCUACACCUUCUUCCCUGGACUUGCCAACAUCCCAGCCGAACGCUUUGCUAGUGGCAAAUUCCUGGCUCUUCACGUACCUAUCAUGCUUCACUCCAAGAAUUUAGUUGGCGAUACAGAAUUGGCCAUCAGUUGGGUUUUGAAAGCUCCGGCUCGCGACCCCUCCGUUUCGAUCAGUAGCCGCACGAAGCUGUAUCUCAACGGCCGACCCAUGUACUGUGAUAGAGCGGGAAAUCGUCGCUUCUAUGACAACCAGGACUAUGAGUUGACCGAAGAGAUGCAUGAGGAUUGGAAAAACUUCACCCGAGAGUGUGAUGCCGCAGAGGUAUCCGAACACAACGAUGGUCUCGAGGUAGACUCCCAUGGUCACUACAAUUCAAAGACGAGGAGCGAUGGAGGGAUGGUGCAGUAUUAUGUGCCUUUCUCCAGUACUUUUUGGGCGCGCUAUCUUUACCACGUCGUCCUUCUUCAACGACAAGCCAGGGAGCUGGAACAUCGUCCCUCGCAGCAAGACGAGAGCACCGAAGACAGACAGGAUCUCUUUCACAAGAAGCUUGCUGAAGUAUCUUCGGCCUUGGAAGAGCUUACUGCCGUUCAAGAAAUUAUUGCAAGGACGGAGCUAGGAGAAGCCCGAGUAGUAUUGACAGUCCACUUCUCCUUCUCGCAUGCGACAAGUAAGGAAGCUGCGGUGACGAAAUGGCAGUAUCUCGACAUGACUGGCGCGUAUGAAGACGCGAUUCCUUUAUCUGCUGGAGGCGUGAGCCAGGUUUCGUUCUCUGCGAGUGAUAGUCAGGAAAGUGCUCUCAGCGCUCAGGACACUUAUGGUGGAAGCCACGACUAUGCCAGCUUCGACUUUUCCGCACCCAGCAACGGACAUCAUCAACAAACACAACAUGCAUAUCCAGAUCCUUCGGACAAUGCUGCGAAUGGCUUGGCUUCGCCCAUCGACCUUCACGAUACGCAAGCGACUGCUGGGUACAACACUUCCUGGCUACUGCCCACCUCGACGUCUGAUCUCGACCACCCCGCUUCGACCGUUCUUGACCCUCUACUUCCUCACGGUGCCCGAUCGAGCCUCCAACAGCAUCAUCUUCACGAUGUCAAUUCAUUUGAUUUUAGCAAUGGCAACAUCUCCAUCUCCCUCGACAGCUCCGCUCUGUCACCACAUCAGCCUCUCCCCAACUCUUCCGCCGCCGCCGCCUUUUCCUCAGCAUUCGAUGCCCUUGAUCUUGAUCUUGUUACCACAGAUCCGUUACUCCUACAACCGUCUCGUACUACGACACCUUGGAUGCAAAGCUCGACCGCCACUCCAACAGACUACGCCGCCCUGUUCAGUCAACCUCAUUCACCAGCCACUGCAGCCUUCCCAGACUUUGACAAUGGCGGCGCCAACCUAGCUGACCACCUCGCUGCUGCCGCUGGAGGCCUAACAGACACCUUCGACGUUAAUACACUCCCCAACUCCUUCUCACUAUCUGCUCACCAAGCCUUCCCCGGUGCCGGCAACACCACCUCCGAUCUCGACCACCAAUCCCGAGACCAAAGCUUCUCCACCCUCCCUCCAGACACAGAAGCCAAUGAUGUCGCCCUGCCCUCCACCGACCACUUUUCCCCACCUCAGCAUCAGUCCUUCAACUUCUCCCACCACGACGGCUUUUCCCUGCCUGAGAAGCAAACACAGGAUUUCGGGACACAGAGACAGGAUUCGUUUGCUAGUCAUACAAAUGCGUAUGCGAGCCAGACUGAUGUUCAUGAUUUUGCGCAUUCGUUUGAGGUUAGUGCAGAGAAUGGGUUUGAUGUGGGAGAGAUUGGAAAACAGCAGGGGUAUGGGCAGGGUUUGCAGCAGCAGAGGCAGCAGCAGCAGCAUGAGACUUGGGGCGGUGCUGGGUUUUGAGAUGCUGGGACUAAAAAUCUUUUCUUUUCUUGUCACUCUUUUCUCUGUAGGCUUGCAAUCGUAAUCUUCAAUUACUGCU